AUGGACAUCCAUCCGUUUUCCCUUGUGAGGCCUCAGUCUCGACUCAUUGAUAAGGUUGUCCGGCACUUUCUCAUGAGCCCUCGAGAGCAGCUUGUCUUCCAGCGCACUGACAUGCUGUAUACGUACGCCCUGAACGACUAUGUGGAUCAUGCAGAAGCCCUUAAACUUCUUAUUUAUAAACUAAGCCACGUGCCCGUGGCCUUUCGGGAGAUGCUUGACACGGAACGUGGCAUCCUUCCGCUUGGCUGUGCGCCGCGCCUCUUCCAAACCAUCCAGCGCUUCCCAGACUCGGUGAAUUCAAUGAAGCUGGAAGCGGAGGGUGCCGUCGUUGACUAUUUUCGGGAGAACCUCCCUCGCGACGGCCUCACCUCAGUGGAGAUGAACCGAUUGUGGAUAGGAGCAGCGCAGUGCACGCGGUGGGACUCGGUGCGCGCACUGUUUGAGCACUUCCCACUUCGACAGACGCUUGCGUACCAAAGCCCGGAGGAGGUCAUGGACGUCAUCUCAGCCGUCUGCGCGGGCAGGGGACGAGACCCUGCGGAGGACGGGCCCCUUACGCCCCGGGAGCGGCUUCUCAAGGAGGUCCUCGGGGAGGACGAGGCGUGGCGGCUCUGCGAGGGGGUUUUGCAGGGCGAUGGAGACAGGAUGACCGCGCUGCGCGAUCGGGCCGCCGUCCUCCGCGUCCUCCUCGCGGCGCGGCGGGGCUGCUGGCCGGAGGAGGGAAGGGCAGGGGCGUCACAGCGGGAGGCCGCGGUGGUCUCCGUGCAGAGCCCCACGCUGCACGUGUGGGGGGAGCAGGUGUGGGCACUCCACCAGCCCUGCAUCCCGCCCGCGCUCCGGGAGGCGCACUUCCACCAGGCCAUGGUGCAGGGGCUUUGGCAGCUGUACAUGACGAUGGACUGCGAAGGAGUGAUGGGCUUUCUUACGCGGGGUUUGCCUCUCUUGGUGGAGGGGCACCCCGACUUUCCCUGGUGGCGUACCAUACGGCGCUACCACCACGAGGCCCUUCUCGGCCGCAAGGAGAUCUGCUCGAAGUCGGGGAGCGGUCCUCCAAAACCCGAGCCCCCCUUCGCCCCAUUGCGUAAUGCGCUGUCCAUAGAUAGCCUCGCCAACAUUAUCAUAUCUUCAGCCUGGCUGCACACUCACGACGAGGCAGGGGAUGGCGAGAGCACUUGGCUACCAGGUGUGCUGCGGCAGCUUAAGGAUGCCCUCAAGGAACGGCUACACGGACCACCUCGUACGAGGUCGUCCGGCGGGGAAGUCCAAAAUCCGCUCCUACUGCGUUUAGAGGACCCUGGCGACGCACUUGUGCGUCGAGUUCCGCUGAUCAUUGUUGUGUAUGUGGUUAUGGCGCUGGAGAAGAUUCUGAAUGUAGACGUGUCCGCCGGGCCUUCGCAGGGGGUGGUUGAGGCCGCUGAUGAACUUCUCCACCUCGUCCAAGAGCAUGUGCUUAGGCAAAGUAUAUUGGACGAGCACGGUAGCGCCCGGGUGGUGGCCUUUCUUUUACUCCACGCCCCGAACAUGACGCAGCGGCUGGAUCUCGAGCAGACGUGUGUGAGGCUUAUUAAAGCGCACUAUAGGGACGGUGGGUUUACCCGCGAACAGCUUGAGGGCCUGCUAAAGUUAAGUGAGUCAGGGAGGAAUGGAUUCGCCCCCGACAGGUAUGGCAUCGAUGCGGAGCUACGUAAGGGCAUGCGAGAGGUGCUCGAACAGCUUCCCCUGCGGUGA